AAAAUGUGGACAUAUGGAAACAUGGAAAUAUUAAAAUGUUGAAAUCUGGAAGAACGGAAAUCUGGCAAUCUGGUUAUCUGAAACUUGAAAAAAAUUUAACCUCCUGAUGUGGAAGCACUUGAUAAUAUUAAGACGAAGCCCUUUGCGUCUGAUUGGCGAGAUUCUCUUUCCUCUCGCCGUGUGUCUUCUUCUCUACCUCAUCAGACACCAAUUCGAAAUAGAAGAGAUACCAGAAACCUCAUUCGAACCUUUUUCAGAAAGCACUUACCUCCCAGAGUCGGAAGUUUGUUCAAAUACAGCAGGACUACCAAACGUCGUUGCCUUCUCCCCAAAGAGCUUGUUAAUAGCCAUGUCUAUCGAUUCCACGUGCAGCGACGUGAAGCUUGUAGUCCCUUUUGAAACUAAAGCCGACUUGGACCAGAAAAUUGACUCAGAUGCGAACUUUUCCUCAGUUCUUAGAUUUGCGGUGGCUUUUAGUGAUAAUCUGAAAGGAGUCAACAGCAGCGGGGAACUUCCUGAGGAUUUUGACAUGACGUUAAGACUUCCGGUGACCAGAAAAGGCAAGUUUUCUCCGUGGCGGACGAAAAUUUUCUACUCACAGGCUGAGUCGCUUGGUCACAGGCAAAUUGAAGACCAGUUUGGAGGAACUCCUCACUACCACGAACGUGGGUUUCUUUACCUUCAACAAAGUCUGAGUCUAGCAUUAAUGAACGAAGGCAAAGCCAAUGGGUCCGAAUAUGAAGUCAAAAUGCAAAGAUUCCCGUUUGCGGCGUUUCGUCAAGAUCAGUUUUUCGGUGCUGUGGAUGAAGUGACCUUUGAAACAGGUAUAUCCCAACUAUUGAUAGCGCUGUAUCUCUUUCACUUUUGUAUGUUGGUGAAAGGGAUCGCGCAUGAAAAGGAACAACAGCUGAAGGAAUCGAUGAAAGUGAUGGGGAUUCCUGGGUGGUUGCAAUGGUUGUCUUGGUUCACCUACAGUUUGAUUGUUAACACCUUUGCAGUCAUCUUAGCCACAAUCAUGCUGACCAUAGUGUUCCCUAAUUCCAAUGGGUUUCUUCUGUUCUUGUUUGUGUUCCUGUAUUUGUGCACCAUGAUCACUUUAGCCUUCUUUAUCAGUACUCUUUUCACUAAAGCAAGUGUUGCCGCUAUGGUCGCUCUUCUCUUCUUCGCAAUUUCCUUUCUGCCAUAUCAGUUAAUUAACAGAUCGCAGGACUCCGGGAAACCAGGAGCAACGAAAGUACUAGCUGCCAGUCUCUUCUCUUGUACUGCAGUAGGAUUCGGGACUACUUACAUUUUCGCGUUUGAAACCAUCGGCACCGGAAUACACUUCGACAACCUUUUCACCGUACCAAGUCCACACAAAACCAGCCUAGGCGACAUCUUCAUAAUGCUAAUAGUAGACAGUUUCCUCUACCUACUACUAGCCCUAUACAUCGAAAUGAUAUACCCCGGCGAAUUCGGAGUCCCUCUACCUUGGUACUUCCUCUGUACCCGUUCCUUCUGGUUCAGCGACAAAGAAACUGACAACCAAGAAGAACAAACUACAAACAUGAAAAAACAAAGCUUCGAGGUACUCAGUGAAGAUUUACCCGUCGGAAUAAAACUUAUGAGUCUUUCGAAAACGUUUGGAAGCCACAAAGCCGUCAGAGGUAUCACCCUGGACAUGUACCAAGGCCACCUCACGGUACUCCUGGGUCACAACGGUGCCGGUAAAACCACCACGAUGAACAUGAUCGCCGGAAUGAUCCCCCCGACUAACGGAACCGCUCUCAUCAACAACUACGACGUGCGAAAAAACCCGCAAAAGGUCCGAGAUAGCAUGGGCUUGUGUCUGCAGCACAACGUCGUCUUCGACCAACUCACAGUGGAAGAGCACCUCUUCUACUUCGGACAGAUGAAAGGAGUGAGCAAGAAAUCAAUCAAGGAGGAGAUGGGGUCCUACCUCAAAAUACUAGAACUAGAAAAUAAAGUCAAAAACUACCCGACUCAGUUAUCCGGCGGCAUGAAACGAAAACUGUGUGUCGCUAUAGCGCUCUGUGGGAAAUCCAAAGUAGUGAUGCUGGACGAACCCACCGCUGGAAUGGACCCCUCUGCCCGAAGGACCGUCUGGAAUCUGCUCAAACAAGAAAAAGAAGGGCGUACGAUUUUGCUGACGACGCAUUUCAUGGACGAGGCGGAUUUGUUGGGUGAUAGGGUGGCUAUAAUGGCGGCGGGUGAGAUUCAGUGUUGCGGGUCGAGUUUUUUUCUGAAGCAGAAGUACGGAGGGGGGUACUACCUAGUGUUGGAUGUUACCCCGCGUUGUCGGCCUGAGCGCAUUACUGGGUUGCUGAGGAAGCACAUUCCCGAGGUGGAUAUUCACUCCUUCGUGGGGUCUGAACUCAAGUAUCAUCUACCGGGGAACGAGGCUGCGAAGUUUGAGUCGCUUUUGCGCGAUUUGGAGGCCAAUAUGUCGAUGUUGGAGAUUCGGAGUUAUGGGAUUUCGUUGACGUCGUUGGAGGAAGUUUUCAUGAAAAUUGGAGCAGACCACGACGCCGACAUCACAAAAUUAUACGCGAAAAAUGCAAAUCAACAAGCCUCUUCAAGUGCAACCGAAACAGAAACCAAGUACUUGUCGGGUAUAGCUUUAAUCCCAAACCAAAUCUUGGCCAUGCUUUUGAAGAAAGUGUUAUCGACCAUCAGAAGCUGGCCUUUCCUACUCAUCCAGUUUCUUCUACCGAUCAUACUUUUAGUAAUAACGUACUUACUCACUGACGAUAUAGAACUACCCACCACGUACGCCCCCCUGAAGAUGUCUCUGGAAUCGUACGACACCACGAUAACGCUUGCGGCGACAUCCGAUGAUGCGGCCUACCAGCGGUACGAAAGGGCGGUACGACCUCACAAGCUGGAAAGAGUUCCCGACGUCGCUAAACGAAUUGUGGAAGAGACCAAAUUGUCCGCCAUUGGGACAAGGAAACACUACAUAGUGGCGUCAGAUUAUAAUUUGCAAACCAUCAUAGCUUGGUUUAAUGGGGAUCCGUACCAUGCGGCACCGUUGUCACUGGGUUUGGUGCUAAGCUCGCUGCAUAAUGGUACCAUCACGUACUACCACCACCCUCUUCCGAUGCCUCCGCAGCUCCAGCUGUUGCUGAAAACCCAGAGCUUAGCAGGACUGCAAUUCGCUUUCAUUAUGGGGAUUAUAACCGCCAUAAUUACCGGAUUCUAUAUCAUCUUCUACAUCCGGGAACGUGCUUCUGGGAACAAGCACCUUCAAUUCGUUUCUGGUGUCAACGUUUUAGUGUUCUGGACGGUAACGUUCUUGUGCGACAUAAUUACUUACUUGAUAACAUUUUGCAUUAUAAUUAUCAUGGUACUCAUAAUUCAGUACGACGGGUUAACAACGGACGAAGAAUUAGGUCGCUUGAGUCUUCUUUUUUUCUCCUUCAUCAUCUAUGGGUUGACCUCCGUCUACGUGCUUUCGUUUUUCUUCGAGUCUCCUCCGAUGGGUUACAUUGUAAUAUUUCUUAUAGGCUACGUUUUCGGGCAACUGGCACCUCUAAUGUUGAUGAUACUAGAAGUAGAAGAACUGGAACUUACACAUAUAGCGAAACCACUGCACUGGGUAUUUCUUUUCAUCCCGUUCUACUCUCUGGUGAGAGGGUUGUUGGCCAUUUCAAACAUAGACCAGCUGAUGAAGAUUUGUAAGCUGUUCCCCACGCCAGAAUUGGCGUGUCAAUCAACACCGAAAUGCUGUGAUCUCGAGUACUACUCCCUCGAGCGCCCCGGAGUAGGCGCCAACAUCCUCAUAUCCUUCGCAAUGGGUCUGCUACUUUUCCUCCUACUCAUCAUCAACGAGUACCACGUCUUCGGCUACCUCUUCCACAAAAUCUUCAGCUUCAAGUCCAAAGCCCCCGAUCUAGACAACGUAGACAGCGACGUCAAAGAGGAAAUGAGGAUCAUGAGGGAGACACCCCCUCGGGACCUCUUCAACACCUACGUCCUGGUGCUCCGCGACGUCACCAAGUACUACGGCAAGUUCCGCGCCGUCAACGGCAUCAGCCUGGGGGUGAAACCCAACGAGUGCUUCGGCCUCCUGGGCGAAAACGGCGCCGGCAAAACCACCACCUUCAAGAUGAUAACCGGACACAUCCGCAUUUCCCACGGCGACGCCUUCGUCAACGGGGUGAGCAUAAGCAGCGACCCCAAGACCGUCCAGAAGUACCUGGGGUACUGCCCCCAGUUCGACGCCCUCCUCGACGACCUCACGGCUAGGGAAACCGUCACCCUGUUCGCGCUCAUCCGGGGGGUGCAUCGCAAGGAGUGCGGCAAACUCGCGGAAACCCUGGCCAAGGAGUUCGAUUUCAACAAGCACCUGGAUAAGAGGAUCAAGAAUUUGAGUGGAGGGAAUAAGAGGAAGGUUAGCGCUGCUGUGGCCACCACGGGGGAUCCACCCAUCGUGUACCUGGACGAACCGUCCACGGGAAUGGACCCAGCGGCUAAGAGGAUCAUGUGGGCGGCGCUGGCGAAGUUGAGGGAAAAGGGGAAGAGCAUCAUUUUGACCUCCCAUAGCAUGGAGGAGUGCGAAGCGCUUUGUACCAGGAUGGCUAUUAUGGUGAAUGGGAAUUUCAAGUGUAUUGGGUCUAGUCAGAGGCUGAAGAACCGAUUUGCUCAAGCUUAUUCUUUGAUUGUGAAGGUGAAGAAGCCGCCGACUGAUCGGAAGCUUAAAGAUGUGGAUGAGUUUGUCAAGAGGAAUUUUCCGGGGUCUAGGUUGGUCGAGCAGUUUCAGGAGAUGGCGACGUACGAAUUGGGGGACACUUCGGUGUCGUGGUCGAAGAUGUUUGGGACAAUAGAGAAGAAUAAGAAGAAUCUUCUGAUUGAUGAGUACUCGUUGGGACAGUGUAGUUUAGAACAGGUAUUUUUGAGUUUUGUGCAGCACCAGGAUUGACGAAGGGGAUAAUUAAUCACAUAAAUUGUUACAAUAAAGUG